AUUACCAUCGAUCAACAUCCUGUAUUCUGCUCUCAAAGUAUGCUAUAUAAACGCUCUGUGUUUGGGGUGGUAGCAACACUAAGUCAUUAACUGAUGACACGUCUUGGUGCUGCGGCAAUCAUGAAAGGAGCAUUGGUGAUUCUCGUGUUCUUACAGCUGGUAGUUCUCAACGAGGGCAUCCGAAAAGUAAGCUGGCCAAAGAAGUUCAUCGACGUCAAGCCUCAGAAAACUUGUCCGCGAGAUCCAAAGUUGGAUGCGAUUAGAAAAGCACUAGAACUGGAAACAAGAUCAGGAGGUCGAAAGAAGAGAGCGAUUUCUGCCUUUCCUGCUAACUGCAUACAUGCAGCAAUUGUCGAAGUGGACAAAGGUGUAUUUCAGUUUUUUAAUACCCUCUACGAAUGUUGUGAGAAUUGCAGUCACCCCGAUCACACUAUCUGCAAUUUCCAAGGUCAUCCGGAAUGGCUGUGUGCCAGUCGUGCGCACAAGUGCAUCUGUGAUUGUCGGAAAACUCACGUUGACGGUGUCAUAGCCCGUGCAAAAAAAGCGAGAAAACCAUCGUGGUUCAGACCUAGACCUAGUUCAAGUCUUAGCGACGCACUUUGCAAGAAGACGCUGUGUACUUAUGGCCGUCGUAGUUGCUGUACUGACAAUCAGUGUAUACGAUUGUACCCCCAUAAGAAUAAAUCUCCUGCUCGACCUUAAUGCAUGCAAGGCAACGAAACUCGACACUGUGCCGGUGUUUCUAACUAGUUACAGAAUGUGGAACUCAUUUUUUUAGCUAUACACUUAGUUUAUUUAGGCUUAAAUCGAGAACAUAAGAAACCUUAAUGUGAUUAUGUCGCAAUUAAUGUUAUUAAUUGGAACACAAUUAAUGUUAUUUUAAAUUGGAAUAUGCGCAAUCAUAAUUGUGUAGUGUCGAUAGAAAAUGCACGAGCUUGAUUAGAAAACUACGACAAUAGAAAUUGUAAUCGAAUCAGUAAUAAAGUUUUUACU